AACACUACCUUCCAGCAUAGAAGCACCAGGCUCUGUUUGGAGGGGCACAAAUCCGUGCUCACAGCAGACGUGGUAACUCCUUGGCAGCGCCGUGGUGAGGAACCUCCAGGAUGCUGAAGAAGCUGCUGUUGUUUGGUUUCGCAGGCUUGGCCGUCCUCACCGUGGGGAUCCUGAUCGGCCACUUUGGCAUCCAGAAGGGCAGCUCAGCACCCGAGUGGGUGCAGGAACUGUCUCAUGAUGUGGAUGAGGACUUCAUCCAGAAGUUCAUCGCUGAGGUGGACAACAUGAGGAUUGAGGAGAACCUGAAGGAGCUAACCAAGGUGCCCCACAUGGCCACAACUGCCGGGGAUGAAGCUACAGUUCAGUUCAUGUUGAGAAGGUGGCAGGAUAAGGAUAGUGGUCUGGACGCUGCAUGGAGGGAGGAUUACAGGGUCUAUCUGUCCUUUCCUAACAAGGAUACGCCUAAUAAGGUCACUGUGGUGAAUCCUGAUGAUGCUGUGCUGCACACAGUGCAGGAGAAAGAGAAGGCAUACUAUCCAGAGCAGGAUGACCCGGAGGUGGUGCAGCCAUACGCUGCCUAUGGACCUGCUGGACAUGCCAAGGGAAGGCUGGUGUAUGCUAACCAGGGGAAAGUGAGUGACUACGAACAUUUGAACAGAACAAUUGACCUCAGGGGCACCAUCGCCAUCGUCAGAUAUGGAGGAGCAGGACGAGGGGCAAAAGCGAUUAAUGCGGCUCCAUUCGGGGUGGUUGGGGUACUUGUCUACACAGAACCCUACGACAUGAAUGACGGUCUGAUGAACGACAAUAAUGAGACAUACCCCAAUUCCUGGUACCUCCCUCCAUCUGGCGUGGAGAGAGGCAGUUACACAAGUGACUUUGGAGACCCACUAACACCAUACCUGGCUGCUAAAAAGGACACAUAUAGAAUUCCUGAGACGGACAUCAACGGCGUUCCACCCAUUCCGAUCCAGCCAAUAGGGUUCGAAGAUGCCCAGAUCUUAAUAUGUGAGCUUGGUGGAACUGCAGCGCCUGCGGACUGGCAAGGCUCCUUUCCCUGCAUAUACAACCUUGGUGGGCCAGGAUUCACUUCCACAUCUCGCUUCAACAACGGUGAGGUGAAGCUGCAUGUGUACAACAGCGGGGAGCUGAGGGAUUCUGCAAAUGUAAUGGGUGUGAUCUGGGGCAGUGUGGAGCCAGACAGGUAUGUGAUAUAUGGUAACCACAGAGACAGCUGGGUCCAUGGGGCCAUUGACCCCAGCAGUGGGACAGCAGUCAUGCUGGAGAUCAGCAGAAUCCUGGGCCAAAGGGUGAAAGCAGGAACAUGGAGACCUCGACGCACAAUCAUCUUUGGAAGCUGGGGAGCGGAGGAGUUUGGUUUGAUUGGAUCUGCUGAAUAUGCAGAGGAGUAUAUAAGCAAACUCAGCCAGCGAACAGUGGCCUACAUCAAUGUGGACAUCUCUGUGUUCGCUAAUGCUACUCUGCGAGCUUCUGCAUCCCCAAUCGCAGAGAAUGUUAUACUUACAGCCUCCAAACAGGUGAAGGCAGCAGGUUCCAACACUGUGUCUGUGUACGAUAACUGGAUCAAAUAUUUCAACAAAACCAGCCCCACUUAUGGACUCAUACCAGAUGUGGGAUAUCUGACAGGAGCAGGAAGUGACUACGCUCCAUUUAUCCAUUACCUGGGAAUAUCCUCUAUGGACAUAUCCUACACCUAUGACCGGAGCAAAACGAGAGCACGGAUCUACCCAGCGUACCACACAGCCUACGACACGUUUGACUACGCGUCCAGGUUCAUUGAUCCAGGCUUCACCAGUCACCAGACAGUAGCGAGGACAGCGGGGAACGUCCUGCUGCGACUGGCCGACAGCUUCCUGCUGCCAUUCAACUGCAGUGACUAUGCUGAGAGUCUAGAGGGUUACCUCAGUGCCGCCGUGAAGAACUUUGAAGAACACCUAAAGGCCAACAGCAUCUCCAUAGAGCCCUUAAAAGAGGCAGUGAAGUCCUUUCGAAAUGCAGCCACAAAUCUGGACAGUGUCAUCCGCAGCUCAGACCUUGUAAAUGAAACGCCUCUGAAAGCCCGCAGGAUUAAUGACCAGCUCAUGCUGCUGGACCGAGCAUUCGUGGACCCACUGGCGUUCCCAAACAAAUAUGCAUUCAGGCACGUGAUCUGGGCGUCCAGGUCAUCGGGAGUGGCCACGUUUCCAGGCCUGGCGGAUGCUGUAGAGAAGGCCCUGGCUACUGGACUGAAGGAGGACUGGAAUCAGGCUCACAGACACCUGUCCAUCGUCACACAGGCCAUCUCUGGCGCUGCACACACUCUUGCUGAAGCGCAUGCCACGCAGUAGCUCCACCCACUUACUGAGCUCAUCUGAGGCUGGAUUUACAUGCUGAAACUUUCACACAAUUCAAUUUGCAUUGUAUAAGAUAAGGUCUCCUGCAGUGUACUUGAGAAUAGUCGCAAAGUUGAAAACAGUCCCAGGUUUAAUAAAGCAGCCAAUUAAAAUGAGAGGUAAGUCAUACGUAUAUCUAUAAUGCUAUGCUGUUAUACUGGCAUUCCUGACAUAAUGCUUAUAAAACAGUUCUGUUUUGGGCUCUUUAUUAGUGCCAUUUCAGACCCAACAGUUAAUGGCAAUGUUACUGACCAGCCAGUUGAAAUUGCUUGUAAGUUCAAAAUGAAUCAAAUAAAUAAAAAGUCAAUUUAAUUUCUGGAAACGUAGGUAACAUUUACGCUACUGUAUAAGGUUUCCUUGGGUGUAAUUUUACGAGAUAAAAACAGAGCAGUCCAAGCACAACAAGCCAUAUCAGGCUUGUAAGACAUUCUUUUUAUUAAUGCCAGUUAACAUAUCAUCUGGAACUGUGAUAUAGCAUUAUACACAGUGAAGGGACAUGUUUAAACAGUUAAUAUACUUUCAGUGAAUAUAUCCAUGUCAAAUCUAUACACAUGCUCAUUGACUUUACACUUACAAGUGUGAACAAAAUGUAUGUAUUCCAGAAUAAACAGAAUAUAAGAAUAAACAGAGA